GCUCUCUCUCUCUCUCUCUCUCUCUCUCUCUCUCUCUGUGAUUCGCAUGUAUCUACUGUUGGAUCAACUGGGUUUGGUGUCAGCUGGUUACAUGGUGGAUUUAUGAUGAAGGUUCAGAUGAAGUGCAGUGCUUGAUUUCUGUGUAUGGAUAUUACUAAAUCUAUACCAAUAUUGAUCAUCAAGUUCAGAAGUGAUGAGGCAUGCUAAGUGGAGGACCGAAAGAAAUAUAUAGACGAGAUAUGGCGCCUGAGAGAAUUGAGAUUUCAGAUGAAGAUGAUCAAAGCAGUGAUGCAAGUUACGAAAUUCAAGCUAAAAAUGACUGUUUACGCAGUUCUCAAAAGUGUUUGUUCUUUGACCUGAAUGAGGAAGCAAGUAUUGGAGAUGAUGAUCAGGAUGUUUCUUCAUCCAACGAAGGCACCCAAGCCGUUGGGAGCAGAAUAUCUCCAGUAGGUAAUUUAAGUUGUAAUAACACAAGUGUUGAAGGAAAAGAACGGACAAUUGCAGUAAGGCAAUAUGUUCGAUCCAAGAUGCCGAGGCUUCGUUGGACUCCUGAUCUCCAUCUAGCAUUCAUCCAUGCUGUUGAGAGGCUCGGCGGACAAGAAAGAGCAACUCCAAAAUUAGUUCUUCAAUUGAUGAACGUGAGAGGACUUAGCAUUGCCCACGUAAAGAGUCACUUGCAGAUGUAUCGAAGUAAGAAGCUGGACGAGUCAGGCCAAGUUAUCUCUCAAUCAAGUAGAGGAAUGCAAGUAAAAGAUCACAUUCUGGAAGCCUACCGCAAAUUCAAUCCUUAUGGGCACUUAAGACAUGUUGAUGACAACGGAAGCCAUUUUGCUUCUCCACCGGUAUUGAAACAGCAGCCAUAUGAUGAUUUCAACGCAAACUCUUCAAGGUCGAUUUCAUUGUGGAGAGUAAAUUCCGGGAUAGACAACCAUGGGAGCAAUAUAAGAAGCUCAAACAUUUUUCAUGUAAGGGAAGCAAUAACAAGAGAUGGGCCUUUUAGACCCAGCCGAUUUCUUGAAGAGAAGAGAUGGCCUCCUUGUGAAUUGAUUGGAAACCACAUGAAGGGUAGGAGACAUUUGCUAAACUUUACUUGGGGUGAUAUCAAUAAUGUUCCACAACCUAAUAACUUAGUAUGGAGCGCCAAGGCAAGUACCAUUAACCAACAUCAACCCAAUACAUGCAGUCCAAAGUUCAUCUCUAGUAGCUAUGAACCCUCACUACUACAAAAAACACCGGUGGUUCCAGCGACUGAGGUUGGUCGGGAUGGCAAGAGGGAAGUGGCCCGGUUCUUUUGGGACCGGUGCCACCCAAAACGGUGGCCGGAUGCGAAGGUGGUGGCCCAAAAAACCACCGGAUGA